UUUGCAAACAUAUUUUAAAAAUAUAGUCAUCGUUUAAAUUUAAAAAACAUGUUAUAAUACGAUAUAUGCACUUUGGUCGAAAUUGGCAAAAUGGUAUAACAUAAAUUUUUCAGUGUUCUUUGUGGUUUUGGCAACCCUGUAUCCCUUAGCUGUCAUUCAAGGUAUACAUUAUUUGUUGUUUUGUUAUUGAAGCAUUGUGGCGCAUUGUAAACAAACAAAUAGCCAAAGUAACUUUUAAUUUGCGACGUGAAGGAAUUUCACAAUUAGUUAAUUUAAUAUUUAUAACAUAAAAUGACAUUCUACGAUGAAGAUUUGACGAGUCGAAUACUGGACUUGUUGUCUGCACCUAUCGUGCAACGAGUUCACGAGCUGCCCAAUUUGUUUCAACAUUGUAGUUUACGUGAGUUGCAAGAUGUUUUUCCCGCUUUGGUGCAGUCGAUAUUUGGUGUGGGCACCGGUGGUUUUGGUUGGGGUUUACGCGGUAGCACUAAAGAAAAUACAUCUGGUUGUUUUGAUUUGAUAUAUACAUUUUUUGCACCACAAGGACCUAUGCUACGUGUAUGCUAUAGAUUGUUAAAUGAUGCCAUUAAAUUUGAUUUCAGCAUAAAUAUGUUGCCGCCUAAAUUAGCGCAACUGAUGCAAUCAGGUCAUUAUUCUAGAUUUUAUGCAGAUGUUUUAAAUGUGGAUCCAUUUCGGCGGCAAGUAGCUUCAUUAUCAUUGAAUGCCUUUGAUUAUUAUAUGCUACAUUUUGUUAUACAUGGAACAUUUCCGUUGCACAAAUGGUAUCCAGCAGCACUGCAAGUACAAAAUGAACGUGUCAAAACGCUGUAUUUUUUCUUAACAUCUGAUUAUUUGGGUACAUUUUUACCAAGCCACCCUGAUGGUGUAGUGAUUCCUGAUAUAGGCAAUAUUAUAAAAGCACCACAACCGAUACCUGUGCAACCUAUGCAACCCGUGCGUAAGCCACGUUUUUUAAAAAUACCACAAUCAAGUCUUUUUGCUGGUGAUGACACAAAUGCGACUGGCAAUUCUAAUCAAAUGGCAAGAAACGAAGAAUCUAUGCGAGCAUGCGAUUGGCGUACAGAGUCAGUGUUACACUUUUUUAUUGAUAUAUGGUUCAAUUAUGAAAUUGGAGAAAAUGCGAAAUAUUCAUAUGCUACGCAGGAUAUACCUAGCAGCGAAUUUAUACGCCACGUGCGUGUGCUGAUCAAACACAUACAUGCCUUUGCUAAUUCAGUACAUAUAGAUCAUUCAGGAUUGGCUCCUUUGCGUAAAAUAGCACAGCCGAUGAUGAAGGCGCACAUAUAUCCAUUUAUUAAAAAUAUAUUCAGCCGUUGGCCUUUGGAUAGUUCAUUACUUGUUGUGUUGGAAUUGUGGUUUAGUUAUAUACAACCUUGGCGAUAUACGUAUGAAACACAAAUUAGCAUACCACAUCGUCCCGAGUUCGGUAUACACAGUCGUUACGAUAAUUUCAUACAGGAUAAUAUUGUUAUGUAUACUCAAAUAUUCGUCAAUUUGUUACCACGUUUUAAGCGUUUGGACUUUACUAUAUAUCGGAACUGCAUUAUGAUGCAGAGAUUGGUGAAGGUAUUCAGUCAACCAAUGUUUAUGCAGAAAAUUUUGCAUGCUGAAGAAGUCUACCUGGGGAACACGUUAGGUUAUGAAACAGUUCACAGACACAACACAUCGUCUGUUAUAACAGACUGGGAUGCUUUCUUUCACGAAGAAGUUUAUACACCAUUGUUUGGACAAGAAGUAGUUGCUGAAAUUCAAGAAUUCAUAAAAACAAUUUACGUUUCACGGGUUCAUCUGCAGCAUGAAAUUAAUCGAACAAGACAUUAUAUGGAAGAAAAACAAAACUCAUUGGGCUUGUUUCGUAAACUUUUUGCUAGCUGUUUUGAAGAAGUUUCCCCAGAUGUGCUAAAGUUGCAAGAACUAACAAAAAUACCAGACUUUCUAGAUUCUAUCAUUAACGCAUUAAGCGAAAUGUUUAAAAUUGAAUUACCCAAUAUAUCGGUGGAGGAACUUGAACCAAUUAUAAAUAGAUCUUCGCAAUUAAAUUUUUCUAUUUUUGACGACAGCAAUUAUUUCGAUCUUUCCAAAAUUACGCCAGAAAUGAUGCGAAGAAAUACUGCAAAUAUAACAUCAACUAUUGACCCCGCUUUGGAAAAUAUACACUCAUAUGAGUGUCCAUUUAUUGUACGGUUUCUACAUACAGUGUCUAAUGAAAUUAAUAAUAGGUAUGGGGAUGGCAUAAGAAGAAAUUAUAAUCGAAGCGACUUUUAUGGUAAACUAUUGCGUCAGCUUGUCCUGCCACCAAUGACCGCAAAAUGGUUUGAUAGACCGCGUGGUAUACAGGAAUUAAUUGAAAAACCAUUACCAGCGCGAGUAUGUCUGCGUCCUAUGGCCUCUUACAGAUUUUUAUUUGUUGUAUUUUUAUCCUUUGUAUUAGGAUAUAUUAUAUGGCAUGCACCAAGUCUUGGAAUUUUGUGCUUAUUGUUGUUAUAUGUAGUUUAUUUUUUAGUGCUAGCUAUAUUUUCAUAAAAUUUUA